GAGACCGCUGUGUCCUGUAUGCGGUAGCAUCCCCCAGAAGCAAUCCUUGCUUGAAGGCCAGGCCGGCUGCUAGCGUUUCCUUUCAUGACAGGUUCUUGAUUGGCUUGUCCUGUCAGUUUUAGGCAGUCCUUACGAGAUUAUCUUAAGGUAGAGCCAGAACAAAGGUAGCCACCCGGGGCUUCCCAGAGACCCGUGCCUUAAGGACCUGUACGAGGUGUCAGAAGUAAGCAAACCCCGGGUUUCUGCAGUCUUUCUGGUCCCCACUCUUGCCCGGUGCUGCGGCUCGGCGUAAGGCCUAGGCCUUGGUUUUUCCAUUCUGUUGUAGGGUGAGGAUUGUAGCGUAGUUCUGAGGGUAAGGUUUUGCCCACAGGAAGUCUACUGACCCUGUGUGGCAGGAAUCAUUCAGUCUCAGGGUCUUUUGUGUGCGGCUUCUCCGCUGGAACGCUUUGGCUGUUUUGGCUUGGAUCUUUGUGAAUCUCGUGAAUUUAAGACCUGGUUUCUCUGUACAAUGGUUUCUCAGUGAAGAGGAGGUAGCCGAAUAGGAGGCAAGAACCACAGAGAGUGAGAGUGGCUUUUCCUCAGGGAUUUCUGUGCCUAGUUAUAACCUAGAAAACCGUUAUCUCUGGAGUUGGAACUUAGAGCCGUGGUCUCAGAUGCUGCACACUAUCUGUACUCAGGGUCCUUUUUAAACAAAACAAAACAAAAACAAACAGAGCCUGGCACUCACUAAGCUGUGUUAGACUUCCUUAAAUCCAAGAGCACAUCUAUGUGGAGGGUUAGGAUGUGGCUACUGGCUCUGGGGGAAUUCUCUGUUGUGGGUCUGAUGAGAAGAGAGGCCUGGAAUUUAUUUCACUUUAGAAAAUAUUUACUUUUCCUUAGUUGUACGUGUGUACACCGUGUGCAUGCAAAAGCCCUCAGGUCAAAAGAGGGCAUCUGCAUCAGUUACAUGUGGCUGUGACGUAACCAUGUUGGUUCUGGAAACCAAACUGGGGUCUUUUGCAAGAUCGGUGGUUAUCUGCCCAGUCCAGCACCAUGCACACACUUGUGUUCCUCAGCACGCGUCAGGUGCUUCAAUGCCAGUCAGCUGCAUGCCAGGCCCUGCCCCUGCUGCCCCGAGAACUCUUCCCUCUGCUGUUCAAGGUGGCCUUCAUGGACAAGAAGACGGUUGUGCUGCGUGAGCUGGUGCACACGUGGCCCUUUCCCCUGCUCAGUUUCCAGCAGCUGCUGCAGGAGUGUGCCCACUGCAGUCGAGCCCUGCUGCAGGAGCGGCUCAGCACAGAGAGCAUGAAGGCUGUGAUCCUGGGACUGACCGCCCGGAUUCACACUAGAGAAACAGAGGCUGGCACACAACCCUUUUGCAGGAAGCAUGCAUUGCGGGUACUGGACAUGACUGGUCUCCUGGAUGAUGGUGUGGAGCAGGAUCCUGAAACCAUGAGCAUGUGGGACUGUACAGCCGCUGUAGCCAGAACGUGUAUUGCCCAGCAGCAGGGUGGGACUGCCAAGCCAGGGCUGUCACCGGCCCCCGUGGAAAUCCGUGUAGACCUUCGGGUAAACCGGGCCUCCUACGCAUUCCUGCGUGAGGCCCUGCAAAGUAGCGUGGACAGCCCGCUGCGGCUGUGCUGCCGGGACCUGCGGGCUGAGGACCUACCCAUGCGGAACACUGUGGCCCUGCUUCAGCUUUUAGAUGCAGGCUGUCUGCGCCGGAUAGACCUGCGCUUCAAUAACCUGGGCUUGCGUGGCCUGUCUGUCAUUAUCCCACAUGUGGCCCGCUUUCAGCACCUAGCUAGUCUGAGGCUGCACUACGUGCAUGGGGACUCAAGACAGCCUUCUGUAGAUGGUGAGGACAACUUUCGAUACUUUCUGGCCCAAAUGGGCCGGUUUAUCUGUCUUCGGGAGCUCAGCAUGGGCUCGUCUCUCCUUUCAGGCAGGCUGGAUCAACUGCUCAGCAACCUACAGAGGCCCUUGGAAAGCCUAGAGCUGGCAUUCUGUGCACUGUUACCUGAGGACCUACGUUUCCUGGCUCAGAGCUCUCAUGCUGCCCACCUCAAAAAGCUGGAUUUGAGUGGCAAUGACCUGUCAGGCAACCAAUUGACACCCUUCCAGGGUCUGCUGCAGGCAGUAGCCACCACAUUGCUGCAUCUUGAGCUGACUGAGUGCCAGCUUGCUGAUGCCCAGCUGUUGGCCACAUUGCCUACCCUCACUCGAUGUGCCAGCCUCCGCUACCUUGGUCUCUAUGGCAACCCGUUGUCUAUGGCAGGACUUAAAGAGCUGCUUCGGGACUCUGUGAUACAGGCUGAGCUACGCACUGUGGUGCACCCUUUCCCUGUGGACUGCUAUGAGGGUCUUCCUUGGCCACCACCUGCCUCUGUCCUUCUGGAAGCCUCCAUCAAUGAGGAGAAGUUUGCCCGUGUGGAAGCUGAGUUACACCAGCUGCUGUUAGCUUCCGGCCGUGCUCAUGUACUGUGGACCACAGACAUCUAUGGCCGGCUGGCUGCAGACUAUUUUAGCCUCUGAUCUCCAGGGUCUUAGUGAAGCCUGACACAAAGGCUCCUGUCUUAGGUUUUCUGCAGAGUUUGCCUUUCUCCUGGGUAUACCUUGAGUUAACUCUGCUUUCCUCAGUAUCUGUCACCUGCUCCCAGUAUCUGGCUGCCUGUUGGUGUCACAGGCCUGUGCUCCCCUGUUCUGUUUGAUGUACUUGUUGGCUCUGUGGGGUUGUAGCCUCUCUGUAGAAAACUGUUUUCCUGGACACAUCCCAUGCCCUUAGCAGGAGCGCAGUGCACUGAGGCAGAUGUUAGGAUGAUCUGCCUCAGGGCAUCUUGAGGUCUUAUACUGUGUAAACUGCCUGGCACCCCAUUACCUGCUCUUGAGGGUGUAAGGUACGAACGUGCAGUAUCUGGAAUGUGAAUUUAUGGGCUUUUUUGAUGUGUGUCCUAAUUGGAUGGGAAAGACUUACCUGCA